UCUCUGGGAAGGAGCGCGUACGAUGAAAGGACAGUGAUGGAGCCAGCUGAAUCUCUCCUGCACAGUGGCUAUUUCCACCCCACUCUCAGAUACUGGCAGACUUGCGCCGCAGACUUGCGACCAGAGAAUCUCAUUUACCCUAUCUUUGUCACUGACAGUCCUGAUGCAGUGGAGCCGAUUGCCAGUCUCCCAGGACAGGCAAGAUAUGGAGUGAAUAAGCUGGAAGGGAUGUUGAAACCCCUCGUAGAAAAGGGCUUGAAGUGCAUUCUUAUAUUUGGAGUUCCUGGAAAAGUGACCAAGGAUGAGAGGGGUUCAUGUGCUGACACAGAAGAUACUCCUGCUAUCCUUGCUGUGAAGAAACUGAGGGCUGUAUUCCCUGAACUGCUGCUGGCUUGUGAUCUCUGUCUGUGUCCUUACACUUCACAUGGACAUUGUGGGAUCCUACGGGAAGAUGGCACCCUCGAUAAUGCUGCUAGCUGUGUGAGACUGGCAGAGGUGGCACUGGCCUAUGCCCAGGCAGGUUGCCAAAUUAUCGCCCCCUCUGACAUGAUGGAUGGACGGGUGGGAGCUAUCAAACAAGCAUUAAUAUCUAAUAACCUUGGCAACAAGGUCUCAGUGCUGAGCUACAGUGCUAAAUUUGCCUCCUGCUACUAUGGACCUUUCAGGGAUGCAGCACAGUCUAAACCAGCUUUUGGAGACAGGCGGUGCUAUCAGCUGCCCCCUGGUGCCAGAGGACUUGCACUGCGAGCUGUGGAUCGUGAUGUAAAAGAGGGAGCUGACAUGCUGAUGGUGAAGCCUGGACUUCCUUACCUUGAUAUGCUCAGAGAGGUUAAAAACAAGCACCCUACCCACCCCCUGGCUGUGUAUAAUGUGUCAGGGGAGUUUGCUAUGCUGUGGCACGGGGCUCAGGCUGGAGCCUUUGACCUGCGCGCUGCUGUUAUGGAGGCCAUGACUGCCUUUCGCAGAGCAGGUGCAGAUAUCAUUAUCACCUACUACGCUCCACAGCUGCUCACUUGGCUCAGAGAGUAGCCCAACAUGAUGGACCAGCAGAUUAACAGGGAUCAGAUACAGCCAUGUCUUUGAACUACACAGACAAAAGUGGUAGAAAAAUGACCAUUUCUUUUGACUAGACAAUUUCAGCUUCACCAAAUUUCCAGUUCUGUAAACUGCUUAAUUUGAUUCAAAUGUAUCCACCACAGAGAGAGUUUUUUCAGUUUGGCGGUUAGCAAUUAAAAAUUGAGAGAUGAUGGAUGUAAUGAUAUUGAGGUGCCAAUCAGUCACUUGGAAUAUGUCAGAAGCCAAUAAGCUAAACUUGAGAGGAGAAAAUACACAACGGUGAAUGGAAAUCUUGUCUGCUCAGCCAAUCAUCUGAUUUUUUUUAUAUAUUUUAAAUUAGUUCAAAAAAGUGUUUUUUGUAGCAUAUGGUGGGAUGUAAAGUUUUAGAUCAAAGCACUUAAAAGUCUCUCAGUGUUAAUGUAUACAAGGGCAAGCGUUGAGAUGACAUUGUGUCUAUACCAAUGCAUGUAGUAAGGUUUGUGGCAUUUGUUGUGGAUAAAGAAUGUGUUCUGUAAAACAGUAGUUGAAGCUCAGAAAAA